AUGAAAUUCGUAACAAUUUCAAAUCUAUCAAAUGCAGUUCCUCUAGCCAGAUAUAAAUUGGUAAUUCCCGCAGCUAAUGAAGAGGAUGACUUAGAAGACGAUGACUUAGAAGAGGAUGACUUAGGAGAGGGUGACUUAGAAGAGGAAGAGUAUGGACAAGAUUUAGACUUUGAUGGUGUAGAUUACGAUUUGAACUACACCGAAAAUACCAAGAAUUACCGGGUAUCUGAUAAAAAGAAUCAUGAGGCAAUCAAAAAUUCAACGAAGAAUCGGAAACAUAUUUAUAUUUCAGUGGAACUUCCUCGUAGGCGGAGUAAAAGAUUAAAAUUGUUUCGAAUCAAUGAAUAUGGUGAUCUCGUGAUUAUUGUGGACGAUCGUAAUAUGGAGCACGUUUUUGGACCGGUCAUUAAAAAUUUAAUGGAAACUCUAAGACAAAGAUGCGAAAAUAAAGAAAAUUCGAUGGAUCUAACAGAAUAG